AUGACAAAACAACAUAACCAACAAGACGUCUGGUCUGCCGACAACUACAAUAAACAUGCUUCUUUCGUUCCAAAGCUCGGCUCGGUCAUUUUGGACAUGCUGAACCCGCAAGCUCACGAAAACAUUCUUGAUCUUGGGUGCGGUGACGGACUAUUAACCAAGCAACUAGCGAACCGUUGCCGGUCUGUUACAGGUAUUGAUGCAAGUACCAAUAUGGUGACAAAAGCGAAGCAAUCCUCAAACGCAGAGAACAUAAGCUACCACGUAGUGGAUGCAUUUGACUUGGACAAAUGGUUUGAUGAUGUUAGCAACAGAGACCAUUCUAUGAAUAGUCAAAAGUUUGAUGCCGUGUUUUCAAGUGCAGUGAUGCACUGGUUGAAGAAGGACCCCGAAAAAGUGCUUUUAAACAUUAAGCAUGUCCUGAAACAAGGGGGACGAUUUGUUGCUGAAUUCGGUGGCUUUAUGAACAUAGGAGAAAUACAGACUGCUUUGAUUGCCGCUUUGAAUAAGAGAGGUCAUGAUGGCGAAAAUGCCUCUCCUUGGUUCUUCCCAUCAGAUGAACAUUACAAAACACUUUUGGAAGAAGCAGGGUUUUCUGUUCUUCAUUGUGAAUUGGUGCCUCGCAUGACAGUCUUGACUACAGAUGUGGUGGGUUGGAUUGAUACUUUCGGCUUUGAUUUCUUAAAAGUCUUACCGAACGACGAAGAAAGGGAAAAAGUGAAGAAAGAAGUGCAAGAACAGUUGCGGCCAGCUUAUCAAAGGGAAGACGGAAAGUGGGUUGUGAUGUAUGUGAGACUACGUGUCGUUGCUUUGAAAAGAUGA